CAGAUGUCUUUAGCUGCAAAAUAGCCAAUGCCCAAUCAAGAGGCAGGAACUACUUCCAGUGCACCUCUUUCAUAUGACCAUGCAAGCAUUACUCGGCUAAUUCCAAGCAUAGCAAUGGGAAGAGUAAAGGCUCCUGUUCAGCUGGGCACAAUUAUCUCUGCUAAAAUACACUGAAGGUGCUAACUCCUUUAUAGGCAUCCAAGAAAGAGUGAAUAAGAAACUCAAGACAAGGGACUAACCUUGUCAUAUUCACAGAGCCCCAAGCCGUGUCAAUUCCAAAGCACACCAAACGACUCUGACAAGAAGCUUCCAAACCCUGACAAAGGUUAAAGGCAAUGACUUGGCCAUGGAGAUGGAAGUCUUGGAGGCAUAUGUGGGGAGAGCUUCAAAGUAAAUAUCAGCAAUGGAGAACAUGGAACAGGAGACUAAGGAAUUUACCACCGUGGUUAAAGACAUUUGUCAGGCUGUGAGAUGAAUGGAGAACAUACAAUAGAGUUCUUGGCUUCCUUGAAGACACUAAAGGCCUUUGCACUGAAGCCAAGUGAAGAACCUUAUGAUUGCACUAUAUGUAACUCAACUCAGAUAAGACUUCGCUAGGAAACAAGCAGCUCCCGCCCUUUGGAAGGAAUCCGGCCAUCCAGCGUUUCCCAAUUUGUGCUCCUUUCCUGUCACCAGCUUCCAGCUCUGCACUCUGAAGCCAACACCUACAAACUUGGUUUCUGCCUUUCAUCCUAAGCCUGCCUCAGAAAUCAUUCUCCAGCCAUGUUCCAGCGUCUCACCAGCCUCUUCUUCAGUGACAGCAGCACGCCCGAGGAGCUUGAGGAACCUAAGCCGUUUGUCUCUAAAGAGGAAGAAGAAGAUGGAUGGCUCAUUAUUGAUUUGCCAGAUAGUUAUGCUUCAGCCUCCAGUAAUGAGCGGCGGGUAGAUGAGAAGGACUCUGUUUGCUCUUCUCGUUGCUGCCAUGGGUCCCCUCCACCUACCACGUCUUCGCCCCACACCCUCAGUGACCGUGUCAGCAGGUCCAUGCCCUCUCAGCCUGACCCCUGCUUGAUGGACGAGAGUUGGUUUGUUACCCCUCCCCCCUGUUUUACUGCAGAAGGUCCCGACCCUGUCAGCAUGGAGAGCAACCCCAUGGAGGACCUCUUGAUUGAACAUCCCAGCAUGUCCGUGUAUGUCACCAGCAACAGCAUCAUUGUUGAAAGAGAGAAUCCUGGGGAGCACGUCCCUGAAGGCGAGGUACCUGAACGCCAUUUGCAGCGCCAUGCCCCACACCACUCCACCUCUCUUGCCACCAAGGCCGCCAUCUUGGAGAAGGUCAACCAAGUGCGUCGGAUUCAGAGGGCAAAGCAGCUGUCGGAGAAGCACAAGUUCAGUCAAAAAGUCAUGCAGCGGCAGAACCGCACCAGAGAGUGCCGCCCACGAUGGGCCAAACACCAAGGCAGCUUUGUCUACCAACCAUGCCAGCGCCAGUACAACUACUAAGCUACUUCAGGAAGUCUACACUGUGGGGCAUUAUCCUUUUAACUUUCAGCUUCACCAGUUCCUCACAAUGCUUUCUUCAGCCAAGAGGGUCAUCAUCCAUUUUCUGAAAUAAAUCCAUCCCCUCACCCCUGUGAGAGAACCUCCUACAUUCUCCUGAACUGGCAACAUUCAAUAGUUGUUCUUUUGUGGGCUUUUCUUGGGCUUUAUUUCUCCCCCCAUCCCUUUUCAGCAAGAAAUACAUUUUCUGAUCUACCACUUCCUUUUCUUUUGGGGUUUAAUCUGUCCCACUCCCCUCCCUACAUCCACGAGUGUGGAUUUCGAUUUUGAUUGGAAGAUGAAAGAAACCCACCAUGUCCCAAUACGAUUAAGUAACAAGGCUGCAGGUCUACUUAGAAACUAUGUGAUUUUUUUUUAAAAAAAGAAAGAAGUGUUGGAGAAACAUGUAUGUAUCUUGGUUACCAAGAAAGGCCAUUUAUCUCUGGGCAUUUUCCUUGGUCUCCAGGGUGGCAUGAAAUCACAUGCUAGCUAUUGUAGCAGUUACUGGUGCUUCCAGUGAAUAUAUCACAUCCCCCCCCCCGCCGCCAUGAGUUCUAGUAGGGUCAAGGGGCCCUGACAUUUCCUUUUGUCCCUUGUUGUUGUAGUAGGGAGCCUGUGACAUCAGUGCCUUUCUUUAUAACAUCUCACUCUUCACAGUGUGAUGUCACAAAUGGGGUUACCAGGUCAUGUGCAAACUGGAACACAAAAAUAACAAACCAAGCAAGUCCCAAUGGAAUGGCUUAACAAGAAUAUAACUUAAGACAAAUGUCCAUCCCUUAAAAAUAUAUGAAUGGCAUAUUUGUUCCUUGCACUGAUAUGGUGGCUAGUCAUGAGGCAUCCUGGCAUAUCAUUAAUUUUAUUGGGGCUGCAAGACCCAUGGAAAUUUAUGGAAGUUUUGCCAUUGAUUUCAAACAGAUGAUAAAUUAUGCCAGAAUUUUCUGUUCAGAAGUGUCAUGUGAUUCAGGAAAGACCCUUUGAAAGUCCAUUCUGAGCAGCUGCAAUUGCCAGCAAUGGUUAAUGAGUGCUACAGCGGUUCACAGUUAAUGAAAGGUCAAGCUUGUUUUAUUGCUGUUCUUAAUCACACAUGUCCUUUUCUAAAUGCAUGCAGUGGAUGCUUCCUCCAUCUGAUUACUUACAUGGCAGCUAUCAUGGGUUUUUUAUCAUUCAUGGCUUCAUAGUUUAAUGAGCAAGUGUUUAAACCUGUGUGUACAGAGCACAGCUGGAUCUGAUACUUUUUAGAAUAAGAACAUGUGCAAAUGUGAAAUAAAAGAAUUUUUAAAAAGAAAAUACAAAAUUAAAAUCCCAAAUUUGCAAUUUUGCCCAUCCAUUUUACUCCAAGGUUGAUCAUGGCAAAUGUCCUCCAAUGAAAAUAUGUUCGGAUCCUAAGGGAGGAAGGAAAUGGUUAAAAACAAUCUGAAAAAAAAGAACGUUUAAAAACAGAAGCUUGAAAACUGUCUGUUGUUCUGAGAAUGUUUAUCGGGGCAAGUUUUAAGAGUGCAAUCCAGGCAAAACCAUUACAAUUGCUUUCCAUAGGAAAUAGUCAUGUAAAUGAUAACAUUUCUCCCAUUGAUUUUCAUGGUAUUUGGCAGGAUCACGACCUAAGUUUAGUGGCAAAACAUCAUUUUUUAAAAAUCAUUAUACCUUAUAGAAGGCUUCAUAUUAUUCUGGCAUUGAUACUAACAUUAGGGACCUCAGUAGAGAAAGUGGCUGAUACAUAUUUUUAGAGGUAAUAAAGUAUGUUGGAGUAAGUGAUGGAGUAUGUUAAACAGACAGGUAAGAGAUGGAAAGAGGAUAGGAUGAUGAAGAAAAUGGGUUGAAGAUGGAGAGUAAAACUAAGGCUGUGAUCCUAUGCGCACUUACUACAGAGUAAGUGCCACUGAAUCCAGUGGAUGCCUAGGAUCAGGCUAUGUAUAAAUGAAGAAGAGAUUUGAAGCAGUUGAACAGGUCUAAGCCAAAGUUGUGGAGGUCUGGAGUCCAGAGAAUAGGAGUAGCCUCUAAAGGAUAGCACAUGUACCUACAUUUUGAAGAAAGUCUUCUAGAAUCUGGAGACCCUGAAAAAUACAAUUGCUAGAAUAUGAGAACAAAUAGCUUUGAUGCUGAAAUCUGAAGCAGGGAGGAUGUCUCCUCAGAUCAGGAUCAUUUCAGGAGUAAUUUGGUUUCACUACAAUUCUGUUAGAUAAGCAUUGCCCUAUUAAACAUAAUGCCAUAUGAACAAAAGUGAAAACUCCGUAUAUUCUUUACUUGUUCAUUGUGUUUUCCUUCUCCACUGAAGGUAAUCACAAUGUUCACAUCUUCAUUAUGGCCAUAAUGCCUAUUGAUUCUUAAACACUUGCCCAUUAUGGUUGAGAGCUACUAUUUUCUGUUAUAUACUGAUCUUAGGAAUUUCCUCUAUAAAACCUCAGAACGAGCAUUUAAUAUAUAUCUGGAGCUGUAAAAAAAUCAAACAACUUUUUUUUAAAAAACAAGCUUAAUAAUUUUUUGGACUAAGCCAGUAAAUCAUUUCUUGAAACUCAGUUUGAGCUUAGUUAUUGGGGGGGGGAGGGAUUUUGAUGCAGAGGAAACACCUUUGGUUUGGCCAUGUUUAUUAACCAAAGCUGAAAAAGGCCAGCUGAAAUGUAGCUAAUAACUCUUAAAGUGCAAGAGCUCCAAACCCUCACCCUAAGCAAAUAGAAUUGUGAUAAUAUGAUUUUAUUUCUGUUCCAUUGUUGCACUCUUCUGCAUUUAACUUUCUCAUAUUCUCAAGAUGAGUUGGUUUUCUUAAAAGACCUAGGAGCAAUGGUCUGGAUAGGCAUUGUAGUCCAGCAACAUCUAGAGGCCACAUUGGCUGCUGUAGCUUUAGAUGCAUCCUAGAACUUCCACAUACAUAGUGGGGGUAUUAGAACCUUUUUUUCUUUAGAGUGGCAGGCCCUCAUUACUGUAUCAUAUCACCUUCUACUUUUGGAAGACUCGGUUUCAGAAGCAGUUUACCAUAAUGGAAUUUGGAGCAGGGGCCUACUAUUCAAGAAACACAAGCCUAAAGCCCUUUGGCUAUGGGAAUUUGCUGUUUAGUCUGUGGAUCCUGGCUUAUAUUUCUAAAGCAAUUAACUUUCCAUUCACAUGUCACAACUGAACAGAACAUUUCCAUCUGAGUUUGAAACAGACUUCAUCAAUCUUGGGUUGGCAACUUUUUUCUGAUACAGGCACUGUACCUUGGCAGAACAGUGUAGUAGACAGAAUUCCAAUGGGUAAAGCUUUGCCACCCAUGGCAACAUGAUGGGAAGUUGCCCCUGUUGAAUGUCUGCCUGUCACACUGCUGUUAAAUGAUGGCAGCUCUAAAUGCAUCUCUCCAAAAUUUAAAUAACUUGUUGAAAUUUAUUUUAGGAAACUGCACACUAUGUGUGUGAUUCAAACUGCUGACGAAGGUAGAGACAGAUCCAAUCCAGAAAUUUUGACUUUUUUCUCCCCUUGCCAUUCCCAUCUGCACAUACCUAUUUGCUCUCUUCAUGUCUCUUUUGAAAAUAGUUCCCAAAUAGCACAUUCUGUUAAUGUAGGAGGAAGCUGGCAUUAAUCACCUGGUCCUUAUACUAAUGACAUUGAUGGCAAAAUCCCCAUAUAGGAUUAGCCUUUGUGCCUUUCAAUGGCUGCUGAAGAAGCAGUUUCAACCAGUUAUUGGUCCAGAACACAUGGCAAGGCAUCUUAACAACAAUGGGGCAGAACCUCAAAACAUAGUUGCUGGCAUCCCUUGACAUGUUUCCUUCAGUAACUACAGUCAAGAAAGGCAUGCCAAAAUCCUGGUUCUUCAUGAUAACCCUACAGACUGUUGCUCAAAUUUGAUUAUAUAUGCUAACGUAACACUUCCUCAGAAAGCCAUGGGGAUGACCUAUGAAUUAGAAAAUAUCACAGAUAAUUGGUUGGAUCUUCAUUCCAGGGCAAAUUCACUUGACCUGAAACUCAAACUGGAGCAAUUACAUUUACUGAUUGAAUCUUCCACUCCUUUGACUUACUGGGAAAAUGAUAGAAUUGGCAGGUAUGAAUUGGAGUCAUUUGUACCUGUGUGUUGGUGAUCACAGAUUAUGUUGAUUUCUGAUUAAAACAGGAGAAUAACACUUUCUUUAAUUUUGUGAAGUGUUUACAUUCUUUUGCCUCUUUCAUGUCACAUCAAAUGCCUUUUACUAUUAUUGCAGCUCUUGAUUUAUCUGAAGAGCUGAAACAUAUUUUUUGGGGGGGGGAGUUCUUGUUCAAUGAAUUUUGUGUGUGGAAAUUCUCACAGAGAUGCCCAGAUUUGCAUGAAGGAAUCUGACAAUUCAAACAUAUUGAAAAUUGGAUUUUGAAACUGAUAAUUUAAUAUGGAAUAUUAUGUUAAUUUUGGGGUGGAUUUCAUCUGUUGGUGAGUCUUUAUAUUUCAAUAUUCAGAUUCUGCUUUUAAAUGCCAUUAAUAUGAGAGAGAGAGAGAGAGAGAGAGAGAGAGAGAGAGAGAGAGAGGAAAGUGAUUUCUGGUUUUAUUAAUUGGGUACUCUAUAUUCUCACAACAGAAAUUAAUUUUGGGAGGGAACUUCUUACCAGGGCAGGGCUUCUGUUCCUUUAAGUUUGCUGAAGCAGGUGCAGCUCUAGAGCAUUGUAACACCAUGAUUUUUGAGGGGGAGGGGCUACACAUCAAAGCUUUUACAGGAGCAGAAAACCUGUCCACUUUAAAAUGUAGACAGCCUGACAUUUCAGCUGUUUCAUUGUCAUUGGAUAGGGGUUUAAUCUGUAAUUGAACUUUUCAAGGAAACAAAGGAAAACCUUCUGAACACGAAAACAUCUGUAUUAAAAACUGUAGCUUCUAGCAGUAGAUGAAUUGUAGCCAGCUUAUUGAAAUAUCUCCUUCCUUCUUGCCUCAUGUCCUGCACAAUUCAAACUGUUUCAUGUCUCCAAAGGAACCUUAGAAACUCCAAUUUCUAAAUAAAAAGAGGAUUAGGUCACUUCUUUCCAACGUUUCUGCCUCCAUUGUCACCUUUUGCUUCCCUCCCCCAUCCAAGACAUUCUAACACCUUAAACUAGGGAUGGGGAACCUAUAGACCUCCAGAUGUUGUUGGACUACAGCUUCCACCAUCCCUGAACAUUGGCCAUGCUGGCUGGAGCUGAUUGGAGCUAGAAUCUUAACAUCUGGAGGGUGCCAGUUUCCCCAUCCCUUCAUAAAACAAAAUGAAAAAAAUUCUAUGGAUUUCAGUGGUAGUUUCUUGCAAGUGGGCCUAGGAGGUUUACAGCGUUAGAUGCUUUCUGGUGAUGUCACAUUCCUAUGGGCACCAAGAAAAUUAUUGUGAUAUCUCACUCUAAGCAAAGGGGCCUGACUUCCUUCUUCAUGCACCACUAAUGCACUAAUGCACUAAUGCGUCUUUGACUACAACCAGUGGAGACUGUUGGCUCUGAUGUCAGUGGAACAGUGAAUCUGCUCCAGAUUUUAGUCCAAAUGUUUAAGGAGCUGUCCAAGGUGCUUUCAGCAAUCCCACAAGCACCUAUCCCUGGGAGUAAAAUAAACAAACAAAUAAUUAUUAUGUAAAUAACUCACAAUUUGUUGUUCUUUCAUGAGACCCAAAAUCAGCUGCUUAAGGCAGCUGUCUCCCUCUGCCUAGUGGUAGAGCCAGCCUUGGCUACAAGUAUUGAUCCCAUAAUUUUCCUGUAUCUACAGCAAAAACUACUGGGAGAUCAACAAGGUCAACACAUGUACUGUGAAGUUUAUGUUGACCAGAUUUAUCAAAUCAUGCCCCCCAAUUUAGUUUUUUAAAAUGCUGUGAAGCAAAAGGUGUUACGAGGCAGCAACGGUUCCUAGAAAAACAUAUAGCUUGGAUGAAGGUCUUUAACAAUCCUUUAUCCAUUCAAAACUCAGUUUAAUAACAAAAAGCAAUCAUCCAUGCAUGCCCCUUCUUAUCCUCUUUCAUCACGCCACAAUCCACUGUGAGUUCAAAGUUGAAAGCUUCCAAGUACAAAAAUGUAACCAAGCUUGGAACAGUACAGUAAUACCUCAGUUAACAAAGUAGAUGUAUUCCUGGCAUGACUUCUUUAACAGAAACGUUGGUACCAGAGGUAGCAAUAACAUAAAAAGGAUAGGGAUAGGUUCCUACACCUGUUCAUAUAUGGUGGGGGCAGCUUUAACAGGGGCUUUCUCCCCCUCUGAAUCAUAUUGGAUCCUUCCCUUCCCAGCCCCGGGAGAAAGCAAGAGAUCUCUUUAAUGCAAAGCAAACACACAUAGCAAAGCAAAGGCAGAGGCUUGUCGGUUUUUGGAGGAUUGUUAACUGAGGUAUUACUGUAUGUUCAAGUCCUGGGAAGGAGAAAAGGUCCGACUUCUGAUUGUGCAACAGCUGAAUUCAGAAAAUGGAAAUGCAAGCUAAUGUUUCUCAGAUGGCCUGAAGCUAAUUUCCAUCUCUAAAUUGGGGACUGAGUAGCCGUGGUUUGAGAAUAAAACAGGAUGAGUUCUUAUUUUAAACACAAGCACCUCCUACUACAGAACAAAUUCCAAAGUCUAAUAAUAAAAUAUUAACAAUUCUUUGUAUACAUCUCACAAACAUCAUAUCUAAAACAUCUUUAUAAUGCCUGCAUUUCCCCCUAUCGCUAGUAAUUCAGGAAAGCCAUCUUCCUGGCAAUUCAAUUAUCAGUUCCAACAAUGGUGUUCAAAAACACCAACGAUAUAGUACUCUCUUGUGUUAAGCCGAAGGAAAGGUGCUGAAGAUAAUGUGUGUGCUUGCGUAUGUGGGUAUGCAUGCACAUGUGUAAAUAUGUUACGACAAUGAGAGGAUGUAAGCAUAUUUUUAAAAAAAUCAGCAAUUGAAAGUUGUGAAUGAAUGGCUGGGAGAGCGUUGCAAUGGCAUCCUUAAUAGGAUAGACCAGAGACAGCCAAUGUGGAGACUUUCUAGUUGUUGCUGGACUACAACUCCCAUGAUUCCUGACCACUGGCCUUGCUAGCUGUGGCUGGCAGGAGUUGUUCUCCAAAACAACUGGAAAGCACCAUGUUGGCAUCUCUGGGAUAGGCUGAGUUCUAACUUCUUUUUUGUAUAUGGAACAUUUACAGCAUGGACUCAGGGACAAAACAAAGUAUGUUGUUAUCUUAAAGACACAUGUUUUAAAACUGAUUGAUUUGGAUGGUUUUGUUGUUGUAUGUAUGAGUCUGUUGGUACAAAUUUGCAUGUCCUCAAGAAAUGUAUGAACUUGGUAGAACUAUUAUUGUUGUUUUUUUAAAAAAUAUAUAUACCUUAGCAUAAUUUGUGCAGCAUACUCUGUAUCUAGUUGCUGCCUUUUGGUCAAGGAAAAAAGACUCAAAUCACCACUGGCUUGGCUGUAUAACCGAAUUAAAGUCAGUCUGUGGGAUGUGAACAUUUUUUAUAACUCACUUCCUCCUUUAGACCUGUUCUCUUGUAAAUACUGUUACAUAUGUACAAUUAUAUAAUAUAGUAUAAAUAUAUUUAAGCAUUAUUUUUUGUCAAAGUCCCCAGCUGAUUUGAGGUGUGCUGAGGAGGCAAAGUGAGCAAAGGCCUGUGCUCUGGAUAAAACCAUAGCCAAGCCUAUCACUGAACUACAGACCAUGGGGUAGCUCUUGCCCACCACUGGACUUCAAUGGGAGUGAGGCAAAAUUUCACUGGCAGAGAAUAUUCUGGGAUAUUUGCAAUAUAUGAGAUAGGGAAGAGACACCUCAAUGUUUAUUUGAUGUGUUUAGUAAUAAUGGGUUGUAUCCAAUGCUAAUCCUACUCCAAGUAGAUCCACUUAAAUUAAUGGACCUCAAGUUAGUCAUGUCAAAUAAUUUCAAUGGGUCUAGUCUGAGCAGGACCAGCAUUGGAUACAACCCAAUGUAAUUAGUCAUUUGCACUAAAAGAAAAGCAGGGAGGGAUAAAUCACACAAUGGCAGACAUAGAUCAUGAAAUAUAUUUGUUUCUUCCAUCACUUUUGAAUUGCUUUUGUUCCUGUGUACUACUACCAUCUCCUUUGGGAGGAAGGGUGAGAUAUAAAUUGAAUAAAUAAAAAUCCAUAGACCCUUUCUGCCUUGGCAAUAAGGAAGAGACUGAAGCCAGAUACCUUCUAGUUAAUGUCUGUAGCUAAGUCUCAUUUAACUGAAAAUAACUUAUUCCUGUUUGGAUUGGACUGUCGAGGCCAUCUCAGAUAUUGGAGGAAAAAUAUGGGUCUCCACAGCAUUCCAACAAUGUCUCUGCUGUACAGUCUUAAUGGGUCACAUGAGUUCACCUGAAUUUAAAUACUAGGAACAAAAGCCUAGAUUGAUAGGCCAGCUCACAUAUAAUGGAAGCCUUAAUUAUAUCAACCCAAUUAAGAGGCCAACUUUAACAUGAGGAUACACAAUAGGAUAACUAAAAUUUAAAAUGUGAAGUAGAUAUACAGUAUCCACGAGUCUUUAUUUCAAAACAUACAAUUGGCAAUGCCUGCCAUAUGGCAAGAGUACAGCAGAGUUCAAAGUUCCUACCUCAGAAAACCCCUUCCGCAUUGAUUUGUUUGCUACAGAAUCUGUGAGUAUUGCAGAAGAUUCUGGAACACAUUCUAGGGAUCACUCCGAGUUCUGUUGGCCUGUUGGAUAACCCUAUGCAACCUAUGUAAACUAAGAGCAAUUUCUAGAACAUAUCCAAUAAUCCAAUAAUAAUGUUAACCUGCAGUUAUACAUUGCAGAGGAAGAUUGGUGAGGGAGAACUAGUAGGUUCUCUGCUUUAUUAAUCUUGUUGCAGAAUUCCUGAGAAGCUUUCUGAUUAGAAUAAUCUUUAUUUGAGCAUAACAUCCCAUAAACAAUUAUAACUGCUUUAUGGUAAUUUGUUUUAUUUCCUCUCCUCCCCUUAAAAACAAAACAAAACCAUGACCAUGUUAAGUUGUAGCCAGAUGGUAAAUGGACAAUGUAGAGUGUUCCCUUUCACCCUUCUUUUCUGGCAGUUCUUUACAGAACAGUGAUGAUUAUGUCCUGCUGGCAACAUAGCCCAUUGCUGUUUUUUAAUAGUGAUUUGCAGGAGACAACAACCAGAGUAGGUGGCUAGAAACCAUCAUUCUGAUUACUUAAAGCAUAAUACCCAUUCAUUUCACAACAGGUUCAAGAGAAGUGGAUUGUGCUCAUUUCGGCUCAUCUAUUGGGCCACAGCAACAACCGGGUGUAGUCGUCCAGGGUCUUGGGGGAUCUUAGACCACUUAUUUUUUUGGGAGCAGGGUCCCAGUUGAGUCCCUCUAUCUCUAGCAUCCUAUGAGCCAAUCAGCAUGAAAAGAUAGCCACUGAGAAGAAUAUUCUUCCUUGUCCUUUCCUACUGAUUCCUACUUUCCUACUAAUCGGAAUGAAAAGAGGUGUCAGUCACUGAGAAGACUCUUCUCAGUAGCUAACACUCCCCAUUUCAUGCUUAUUGGCUUAAUGGCUGUUGUGGAAGAAACCACUAACAAGGAUCUCAUUCUCUACCCAGUAGCAAAAAAGGGGGGAGAGACAUGGCUGUGACUAUCAGGAAGAGAUCCUGCACUUCUCAAUUUGCCACCACACUACUGCAAAAGACACGUACCAUAUUCUAAAUGGAAAAGAAUGUGCUGGAAUAAUCUGGUGGCUUUUUCCAGUGAGGCAACAAACCACCAGUCACAUAUAUUGCAUAUUGUCUUUUAUGGUUUUUAACACUAGGUGAUUGAUUUUACUUUUUGGACUUUACAUUAUCCAGGCAUCCAUUUUGAACUGCAGUUAUCGUCAAAAUGGGCCAUAACAUAUAUUUUUUAAAUCUAUCCACGUAAUUUUGCAUUUCCCCCUCCCUUUAGUACUUAAAAGUUGCCCGUUCCCUAUGCCUGCUGCAUGGGCAUCCACAUCAAAACACAAUCAGACAACACAGUGAGACCGAAAUGAGCACUGUGAAUGCAAACAUGCAUCCAGAUACACAUCUACAUCUAGUGAGUAACAUCGACCAGAUCUAUUUUAUUAAUAAUAAUUUGAGUUGUUAGUUGCCGAAUAUCAACUAGUUUCUAGGUGACUCACAACCAGCAGUAUAGUCAUCCAGGGUCUGGGGGGGUGUCUUAGACCCCUUACUAUUUUGGGAGCAGGGUCCCAGCCAGUUCCCUAUGUGACCUAUAAGCCAAUCAGCAUGACAGGGGAGCAUGCUAGCCACUAACAAGAAUCUUCUUCUUUGUUCUUUUCUGCUGAUCGGAGCCAAUCAGAGUAAAAGGAGGUGAGUUAGCCACCAAAAGGACUCUUCUCAGUAGCUAACACACUCUCCUUUCACUCUGAUUGGCUCCUAGGGACAUCUGCUAUUGUGGGAGAAGGUGCAUGUGGGAAGGACUGAGGAGUGUGGAGAUGGCAAUGGAGAGCAAGCGAUCGAGUGAGGGUGUGGCUGUGAGGGGUGUGUGGCAUGACUAGCAAGAAAGGACCCUGCACUUCUGAAUUUGUCACUACUGCUCACAACAAUUAAAAAAACAAUUUUAAAACAAACCAUCAUAAAAUAUUAUAAAAUUAAAAGAAACAACACUAGAUCAGCAAUUAUUAUUAUGUAUAUAAACCUGCUUCUGUGUGUAAUCUGCCUGGAUAGAUGAGGGGAAAUGAAUACAAUUCACCAGGAAUUUAUUCUGUACAAAACACAUUUAUAUGAAUAGGAUUCUUUUUUCUUACACAGGCUCUAUUUCAGUAUGGCUUUUGCAAGAGACGUUCCCACUAAAAUGUGCCCAAUGGGAGUAAAUUUUUAAAUCUCUUAAACACUUGUGAGAACCUGCCCUUUCAACUCUUUUAGUUCUUGAUUUCUUUUAGCACCCUUCCAAACUCCAUUGGCUACAUUAUCUCAGAGCUUGGAAAAGUUACAUUUUUGAACUACAACGCCCAUCAGCCCCAGCCAGCAUGGCCACUGGAUUGGGCUGAUGGGAGCUGUAGUUCAAAAAAGUAACUUUUCCAAGCUCUGCAUUAUCUAUACUGUACUACUGGACAGGAGAGAAAUUUAAUUUGGUCUGCAUUUAUUUGUUUAUCUAUUUGAUUUAUACCCCAGCCUUUCUCCCAGUAGGAGCCCAGGGUGGCAUUUAAAGCCUAAUUUAUCAAAUUUGCACUUUCCACAACAAUGUAAGAAGCAAAACACAAAAUCCACACUUAUCCAAAUUUUGUGAUGUUCUCCAGCCAAAAAACACAUGUAUUAGGGAAAAAUGUGUAUUAAAAUGAAUAUACUCGUGAAAAUAACACACCAAAUGCAUUAUAUUAGGAGGCAUUGCCUGCAAAAAUGUGAACCUUAGUCAAAACUGCAUACAAAAAGUUAUUUAGUAGGAGAAAUUCACAAUGAAAUGUUGAAGAAUUUUCAUGAGGACUUCUUAAAAAAUAAUUCCCAAACCGCUGCAGAACUGAAUUUAAGAUUUAAAAAAUGAGAACAGACAGAAUCAAAACUCUUUCCAUCCCUAACUGCUACAAAAGAGCUAUUAUUGCAGUAAUAAGACAGUCCUUGCUAUUAGCAAGCUUUAGGUCCAAUAAGAUUUCAUACUUUGUAUCUAAUAUAGAGGCUACUGCAUGCACUUGUGACAUUGCAUGCAACUGUGAGAGUGGCAGGGAUGCACACAUCCUCCUUGAAAUGCAAGAACACAUGCUUCCCUAUAGCUAUAUCCUGCAUUGCAUAUGGCAGUUGCGUUGGAUGUUUCACAAAUGAAUUAAAAUGGCAUUUACUGCCUUGUAAUUUCAAUAAUAUACAAACUCCAAUAUGGAACAUCUUUUACCACCAACUACUCUGCCUGGGGAAGUCUAUUUGUUUCCACAAGUGAAGGGGGAAAUGCUUAAACUGGAUGUAAGGCCAUAAACUGGGGGGGGGAGGGAAGGUACCCAGAGGAUUGAAGAGGAUAUUCUAGUCUAGGCCCUUUCACUGAAUUUACUAGGGAAAUUUUAAGACAGAGAGGCACCUCUUUCCACAAUUAGAUUGCAGCUCCAAACCUCCAAUUGUUUAGUCAAUUGUUUUUCAUUUUGAUUAAAAUACAGUUUACACUCAAUCACAUAAUAGACUUUUCCUAUUAUAGCCUAACUUCACCUAUCAAGUAGAGUUUGAACAGAGCAAUGUUUAAUUUCCCUACAAUCAGCCCUGUUUUCUGCUCAUACUGCUUCUCUUCUUAAUGCAUUAUAUGUCUUCACGCUGUAUUGAUUAUUGAUUUGUGUAUGUGCCUUUCACGCACCCCUCUCCCACUUUCACAUAAUUUGGCUUCACUACUCUAUGAGAAACGUACACAAAAGUUAAUGUUCUGCUAUGCAAAGAUGACUGGAGAUUAAAUUCUACAAAUAUAUGUAUGAUGGUUUUAAAAUUUCAGGCUAAGAUUUUUUUAAAAAGGAUACUAAGGGCUAGAUUUGAUAAAUACUUGCCAUGCACAACUGUAUGCAUAUUAGCAAGCUAAGGGUCACUUGGCAAGUUGCAGGUUUUGUUCCUUUGACUAUUCUUAGUACUAGUUAUUUUCAGGAUUGUUCACAUGAAAAAAAGAUUUUUACAAUGAAUGCUCAGUCUUUCAACCCAAGGUCAGUAGAAACAUAGAUGGGAGAAUUUAGUCAGGGACUGCUUUUUAAACCCCUUCAGCACUGUGACAUGAUGAAAAGUUGCACCUGCUAGAAUUCCACUUCUACACAACUAUUGAAGAUACAUAAACUCAGAUGUUGAAAGGUUAGCCAUCCUCAAUAUGUACCCAUGUUUUAGACAUGCUUCCAAAAAAGCAGGCUGUGUAACCAGGCAGGCAUCUCUCUGCAGAAUCCUACAUAAGUCACAAAAGAACAUUGAGAUUUUUGUUAACAAUAACUAGCCAUUCAUACAGUUAAAACAAAGCAAAAUGUAGGAAGCAGCCAUAAUUGAUUUCAGCAACCUGACAAUGGGUUUACGGACAUUUUUGCAGGAUAGCCACCUGUUUCUCUCAGAUGUGGAAAAUCUUAGCCACAUUCUUAAAUCUUUCACUAUAUCUGGGAGUACUGAGAUGUCAUGAUCACCACCAGCAUUUUAUCAAAAUUGUAUGAGAAUGGCUAUCUUUGUUUCUUUCUGAAGGCUUGUCUAACCAAAAAGUGUUAUUUUGGUUUUAUAAGAUAGCCCUAAAUGCCCUUUUAAAAAUGUAUUAAAAUAUUUAUUAUACAGCCACAAGAGUGGCUGAAUACUAUAACCAGCGUGGAUUUUUCACAUUCCACAAUGUUAAAUUGAAAAUACCAACAUGCCAUUCUGAUGCUUCCCAUAACCUCAUUUCAAAACAAAACCUUACAACACUUAUAGUCCUGAACUCAGAAACACCCUCUCAAUUUUCAUGGCGUUACACAAAACAGUCAGAGAGAAUUGAGAGUUCAAAGUGUAAAAGACAGAAAAAAACCCAGAGCCCUUUUGGACUUGUUUCUGUCAGAGUUCUCACAAUCUGUUGAAAUUCAUUAAAAAUCAGCCAUGUUCACAGAGUACCUGUAAUCCUAAUACUGACCUUGCCCCAUACUCUGACCUUCAACUUCUGCAGUUUCAAAGUUUGAAAAAUGCCUGGAUGAUUUUUAAUUAAUUUAAGAAUUUUUGGCUGGAACCCUAUGAUAAUGUCGGGCAUGCUCAGUAAGAACCAACUGUCAGUGUUCUAAAAGCCAGACUCACAGCUGCUGGGCUUGGCUAAUCAGGGGGCCACACCCACAACCAGACUUUGAUUUCACUUGAGACAGUCAGGGCUUCCCUCAGAGAAUCCUGGGAAGUGUAGUUUGUGGUGCUGAGAGGAGACUGCUAUUCUCCUGACAGAGCUCCAGUGGCCAGUGGUUUAAGAGUCAGCUGCUCUAAUUGAAGCUCUGUGAGGGGAACAGGGCGUCUCCUAGCAACUCUCAGCACCCUUCACUAACUACACUUCCCAGGAUUCUUUGAGAGAAACCAUGACUGUCCAAAAUGAAAUAAAGGCCUCAUGUGGAUAUGGCCAAGGACAGCUUUGGUUUAAAUUUGGGUGGGAGGCUACAUGUGCCUGCUGUAGAAUAAAAAGGUGGAGGAAACGCUAAAAAGCAAUGAUACUGUUCACAAUGUUUUCCUUUUGGAAAGGGGCUUACCCUCUGCCCACCCACCCAAUCUCCUCCCCUCCCCUCCCCCGGGUCAGUGUUGGACUAUGACCUUGGAGACCAGGGUUCAAAUCCCCACACAGCUAUGAAGCUCACUGGGUGACCUUGGGCCAGUCACUGCCUCUCAUCCUCAGAGGAAGGCAAUGGUAAAACCACCUCUCAGUACCGUUUACCAUGAAAACCCUAUUCAAAGGGUCGCCAUAAGUCCAGUCAACUUGAAGGCAGUCCAUUUGCAAACAUGAUUGCACAGAAAUAAAUACCAUUGAACUCAAAAAGUAUGCAAAUUAUCAAACCCACCCUCCCUUCCCCUCACUCUUUCCCCUUCCCUUCCCUCCCCUCCCAAUCCCCUCCUCCCCAUGGUCUGUUUUACCUGUCUUAUGAUUGCACGGGACUAAAUACCAUUGAACUCUAUAAGCAUGCAAAUGAUCAAAUCUGCCCUCCCCUCCCCCUUCCUUUGCCCCCCUCCAAUAUGCUCCUUCCCCUUCCCCCAAGCUACACAGGAAGUGGAUUGGACUGUGAAAGACCAACCCAAAUUGUCUUUGCAUUUUGACAAAUUUGUAGGGCAGUCCAAUAUCUCAGAGAGGAGAUCAGGUCUACUGCUCCCCUGGUGCAUUCACUAUAGCUGCCCAAUUUCCCUGCUUUUUAAAGUUUGAUAGAAAUAUCUGUAGGUUUUUUGCCUAUUAGUGAAUUUUCAUAUGUUUUUAAAAGGGCUUUUAAGGCUAUCUUAGCCACACACAAACACCUUUCUCUUCCCUGCUAUUACAAUACCACUUCCAAGGAUUACAAUUUUGCAUUUAGAAUGCACAUGUUAAAGAUCUGCUCAAACUCACAAAUUCAAAUUCAAAAUUCAAGGCAAAUUCAUUCCUGGUCAUUCUCUCUGUUCUGCGGAUGGGAAGGGGUGUGUGUGGUUUUCAAGCAUAGAUUCUUAUUGUAUGCCUCACAAUAUAGGGUUUGACUAGAGGAAAAUAACUCUAUCCACCAACCUUUCCUAUGUCACUUAGAAUGUAGAACAAAAACCUAGUUCAAAACAAAAUGUGUCUUUAUGUGUUUCCUGCUAGAGCAGCAUAAGGAUGGCUAAGAAAGAGAAAGCCCAUUCCUUGUAGGGCACUGUUUAGGCAUUUGCAAUGUGUUGACAGAGCAAAGGACACAAUUGCCUCAGAAGUGUUCUGUGGUGUGCCUGUGUGUAUGUAAUGUGUUUUUGAUUGUUAGACUGUAAUGUUGCUGGGGGGGAGGAGAAAUAAAAAAAUAUAUAUUUAAACCAUAA